AUGGAUCAAAGCAAUGAAGGAAGUAUGAAAAAGAUUAGCAAUGUGAAUCUUGACAAACUGAUAGAUGACUUCUCACAGAUUGAAAAGAAAAUGAUAGAAACCACAGGAAAGAACAAUCGUCUGGAUAUUCAGCUGGAGAAGACUAAUAGUUUAUUAAAGAUAAUGCAAACAAGAGAAGCCACUAUAAAAGAAGAAUGUACUACUCUUCAUACUAUGAUAAAAGGGUUACAACAGACUAUUCAAUAUCAACACAAUUUAAAAGAUGAAAAUGAACAACUAAAAAGAAAUGUUGAUUUUAUGAAAGAGACGUUAAAAUCACAUGAGCAGGAAUAUAAGAAUAAUGUUGCAAAACUUAUAAGUGAAAUGAAAAUCAAAGAGGAGGGACAUAAAAUUGAAAUGAGCAAACUUUAUCAGGAUAUGCAGAAAAAAGUUGAAUUAAAAGAAGAAAAGUACAAAGAACUAAUGGCAAAGAAGGAGAUGGAAAUAUCAGAGUUAAAUGAAAAGUUAAGAACUCAAGAGAAGGAAAAACAAAAUGAAAUACUCAGACUACAUCUAGAAUUUGACACCAAACUAGCAAGAGUUCAGACUAAAUCAAAGUCAUAUCUGGAUGCUACUAUUUUGCCACAGAGUAUCUACAGAAGGAAGCUUCAGCAUCUCCAAGAGGAAAAGAGCAAGGAGAUUGCGGGUCUACAGAACACCAUCCGAGACCUGGAGCAGCGCCUUGCAGCUGUCAAAGGCUCCCGCCUCACACGGAGACGGUUUUGAGAAGAGUA